ACAGCGUAACGCAGAUAGAGCGGGACUUCUUCUGUUGAUUUUUUCCUUGGGCCAUUGUUCCUUGUGCGAGCCUUGUUAAACUUUAUCGUAGCACUUUUUUUUUUAUUGUUUUCUCCAUCAUGAAAUCCUGCCCUUAACUUGUGGCCCAAUCGAUUUUCCAUUUCAGUACGCCAUGUCUAAUCGUAAUUUGAUGCACUAUUUCAGUCCCAAUGUCACAAUUAAGCCGCCAGACGAACUGACAAGUUCUCUUGCUGCCGACGACGUCCCGAGAGACGGAGUCGAAACUGCCGUUCAAAGUGUUACUAAACGUCCCCGGACUGCGAAAAUUAGCUCCGUUGCUGUCGACGACGACGACGACGACUUUGAGAAUGAUACCAUUUUGCCACCUCAGUAUGGCAACUCCAUCACAAAGUACUUUUCUCCUGUUGACAGGCAAGCUGUCACAAGAAAGCACAAAAAGCCUUGCGUAAUGACAGUGCAAGUCCAAGUUCAUGGAUCCCCCCAAAAGAAGGGCUGUAAAGCUCCUGCUGCUGUCAAGAAGGUGCAGAGAAAGAAGAAACGAAAGAUUGGCAUUCCAAGUGCCCUGGCUGACACAAUAGAGCUUGUUUCGUCUGAAGAGCUUAUGACGGAAUCCAGUCCAAGUCCUGAAGUGAUGGUUGACGUCAAGGAUCCAGAUCCAGUACAGCCCCAAACACGAAAUUCACAGUGGAAGAUGAAAAUUUGCCUUUCAGGCAAUGUCAAGGUCUCCGAUGACGACCAGGAGAGCGACUCCAAAGAAGGACCGAGACGCAGCACAAGAAUACGCGUCAAACCGGUUGCUCUGCGAGACGAGCCUGAAGAGGAGCUGGUUGAACCUAAACAAAUCUCAAAGAAAAAACGUAAAAAAGGAGAAAUGAAGGGAAAAGCCAACAGUGAGGAUGAAUUGGUGAUCCUUUCUGAAGAUAUCGCUCCGAUUUUCCUCAAGAAAAAGUGGGAAGAGGAAGCGCGAGCUGUGAAAAAAGCAAAGCAAGAGUUCCUGUUUAGUGGCGUUCCAGAGGUGCUGAAGCAGCAAACCGCUGCAUUGGCAGCCCUUGAGCAGCGCCCAGUUGAGAUUUUCCCCAAAAUUAGUCACGUAACACAGGCCGGCUCUCAGCCGUGGCGACUUCCCUAUCCCGAAUCGCUUGUGUUGCGGAAAAGCCUUCCACAUUCGAAGAAGAUCAAUCGACCCACAACUUUUGCAUCCAGCUUGAACUCGAAUGCUGGUAGUAUCAACUCGGCUUGCAAUCGAUCGAUAUCCCCCAAACAAGCAUCUUAUCUCGAGUGGCGUUUUUGUAAAGAGUGGAUCACUCGGAUGAAAGAAGACCAUUCUCUAUCCUUUCCUUUCUUCCGAACUCUCCGAACUUUGCUUCCCAGAGCUAACAUGGAAAGGGAUGGCGACAGAGACUUGCCGUGGACAGAUGCCUACGCUCCCAAGCAAUCGGCUGACAUCUUAGCCAAUAACCGCAUGUCCUCCCAACAGUUGAAGAAUUGGUUAAAUCAGUGGAAACUAAGAGCAGGCGAGGAAGUCGCUGCUCCGCCCAAGAAAGUCUCGAAAAAGGUUGGAAAGAGGAAAAGGAUAGCGUCGGACUGCACAGACUCGGAGGAUGCCGUCGUUGAUGAAAAAUCGAAUUCAAGUUGGAACCCAGAAGAAGAGGAACUCUGUAAUUGUGUUCUCUUGGUGGGACCUGCCGGUUGCGGGAAGACGGCCACCGUUUACGCCUUGGCUGAAGAGUUGGGGUACAACGUUUUGGAAGUCAAUGCAUCCUCGAGGAGAAAUGGCAAGACUCUUCUUUCACACCUUCACGAGGCUACCCAGUCACACUCGCUUAACAAUAACGGCAAUGCCGUCAGUAGCAGUAUGGGCAAAAUGUUUUUCGGUGGCGCUAAAGCUGCACCCAAACCUGCCCGCACAGAAAUUAAAACGGCCUUAUCUCUCGUACUUUUCGAAGAUGUUGAUAUUGUUUUCGAAAUGGAAGAUGAAUCUUUCUACAACGCUUUGACUACAUUGAUCCAGACCAGCAAGCGGCCCAUUGUCCUGACACUAGGCUCGACCGAGGAACGAGCUUUGACACAAAUUCAGGACAAAAUUAAAAGCUAUUUUGAUAUUUUCUAUUUCUUGAGUCCAGAUCAGUCGACUGCCUGUGGUUAUUUGUGGAGCGUGUGUCUAGCUGAAGGCUAUCCCCUGGAAUGGAAAGCACUGGCCGAUUGGGUGGGAAGCCGAGGUGAAUUAGACCUCGAUCUUCGCUCCCUUUUGCUGAAUUUACAGUUCCUCUUGCAGUCUCAUCCGUUGCGGUUAAAGUUGAACUUUAAUCAAUUGCAGCUUAAGAAUGACGAAGAAGACAGCAAUAAUGGAAGUAGGAUUUGGAAACCAUCCAGCAAUUCCUCAGACUCCAGCCCAAUUCAGCUUAUUGAACUUCCUAUUUUCGGGAAACUCUGCGAGUGGCCCUACGCUUCUGCCCCGAGGUCUUCGAGGUUCACUUAUGAUGCGGAUUCCGAUUCUGUUCUCAUUGUCAAGAGGAAGACGAAGAAAAAGUUCUCACGAAUUCUCUCGAACGAUAGCCUUGUUGAUCCCGACAGUGCCGAAGAAACAAUACAAGUCGAUGAGACAUCAUCAUCAAAGAAGGAAGGAGCGAAUGGAGAUUUGACGCGCCUCGCUCGAUGCCUGGAAUUCCGCUCUGGCAAGGAACUGUUCAGUUCUUGUCUCGCCAGGGAUGAUUUAUCUUGGAACGACGAGAGUUUGUUGUAUGAAAUCCAGCAGUUUAUGUCUGAUCGAUGCAGUCAGCUAAUGGAGAAAGAUUUGAGUCACAUGACACAAACGUCUCCUCAAGACUUCUUAGUGGAAUUACAGUACGACAAAGUGACAAAGAGUGCAAAUCAAGUUGUACUUCAGUGCUCAAUACCAAGAAGUGUUUUACUAAAUCGUCGCAGUCAUUCAGCCGACGUCCUGCCUUACCUCCGGUCGUUCGUGCGCUCCGAUUUAGAACGUUCCGUAGUUAAACGACGUCGCAAACAGCGUUCACGAAUGGAAGCUCCAACAAUUCGAUUGCCUACACUCGACUUGGUUCUUUCCACCACAUCUGCCAUUCGUCUGGCCAAUAACUUUUUUUAAGCUGACGGUCAUGUGUUUUCCUUUGUAUAAACUUCAAGCGUAAUAGAUUUUACUAAUAAUUUUCUA